CCACUGAUCAGUACAACAUUCCGUCGUCGUGUCUCCACCAAAGCAAGUGUUGGUCAUCUCUAUCUAUCAAUGGGAUUCGCUACCACACUCAACUGUUCUUCAAUACUCUUUCUCAUCUCAGGGAUUGUUCUUCUAUAUCCAAUCAUGGUGGCUUCAAUCGGAAUCAACUAUGGCCAGAUCGCUAACAAUCUUCCUGCACCGGAAAACGUUAUCCCGUUGGUUAAAUCUGUCGGCGCGACCAAAUUAAAACUCUACGACGCAGAUCCACGAGUUCUCAAGGCAUUCGCCAACACCGGAGUCGAGUUCAUAGUCGGACUCGGAAACGAAUACUUGUCCAAAAUGAGAGACCCAAACAAGGCUCUAGCCUGGGUAAAAACAAACGUCCAAGUUUAUUUACCAGCCACAAAAAUUAUUUGUAUUGCAGUCGGAAACGAAGUGUUAACCUUCAACGACACUUCACUCUCCGAUGACCUCCUUCCCGCUAUGCAAGGUGUACACACAGCUCUUGUCAAUCUCAACCUCCACAAGCAAGUCAGUGUCACCACGGCACACUCCUUGGCCGUACUCCAGAUCUCCUACCCCCCGUCCGCCGGAGCUUUCCGCACAGAUCUCACCGCUUGUAUAACUCAGAUUUUGAAUUUCCAUGUCAAAACCGACUCUCCUUUUCUCAUCAAUGCCUACCCCUUCUUCGCAUACAAGGCUAAUCCCAAACAAGUCCCCAUCGAUUUCGUUCUAUUUCAGUCCAACACGGGCAUUGUGGAUCCUAUUUCGAACCUUCACUAUGACAACAUGUUGUUUGCUCAGAUCGAUGCGGUUUAUUCUGCUCUUGCUUCGUUAGGGUUUAAGAAAUUGUGUGUGCAGAUCUCGGAGACAGGUUGGCCUUCGAAAGGAGACGAAGACGAGGCGGGGGCAACUCCGGAGAACGCAAAGAAGUACAAUGGGAAUCUGAUGAAGUUGAUUGCUCAGAAUAAAGGUACGCCGAUGAGGCCGACCUCGGAUUUGAACAUUUUUGUGUUUGCUCUGUUCAAUGAAAAUAUGAAGCCUGGACCGGCCUCGGAGAGGAAUUACGGACUGUUCAAGCCUGACGGAACGCCGGUCUAUCCGCUUGGAUUUUCAAACGACGUCGGUACUACUAAUUCUAGCUCCGGUAGUUCGAAUACAAGUGGCUUUGGUACACGGCCGCCGAUGCCGUCCCCGCCGGCGAGCUCUUCCACGGGUUAUCUGUCUAUAUCUUCUUCUGCGGAAGAAGUAGCAGUACACAGCGUGUUGCUCUUUCUGUGCUUGGUAGUUUCGACUGCGAACUGAUCUUCGAAAGUUGAUUCCAUUUAGAACUUAAGAGGGCCUUCAAUGUAUGAUAGGAUAGGGGGAGAUCGAAUAACAUGGUGCUCCGGAGAUGGGAAAAGGCUCAGAUUUUGCUUUUACGUGUACGCAUCUGUGUUCUUUGGAAUCAUCAUCUUUUUUGUAUACCAUCACUAUAUCGAGAAAAGUUCAUCUACAGGAAAUUUAAUAUAGAGGAGGGGGUCCCACUCAUAGUAAAAUGACAGAGAUGCAUUGAAUUUCACCUCUUUUAGGCUGGCACUGAUGUGUUGUCUUGCUUUAUUCACUUUAUUAUUUUUGGGAUUGGCCUGGAGCUUUAGUUUCUGAAACCUUUUUUUUUUAAUAUAUAUAAAUAUAUAUAUUUAUCGUAGGCUGUUAACGUGUGCCAGUAGAGAGAG